UGUAGCAGCAUUUAUUUCUCAUUUAUCUCACAAAUAAAAUAAAUGAACUUUUGGCCGGCAAGUCAAAAGGUGCGCACAUUCAUCAAUUUGCCAGAGAGUCUCAUCAUUAAAGUCGAAAAGUCUCUUAAGUUGGAAAGCAAAAACGAACAGAAAACGAAGAUGGCAAACGAAGUAAGAAGGCAUGCAACAUGUUUAUUUUCAUUUUUAUUCAAGUGGCAUAUCGAACUUGCGGGCAACUUUCACGACAGCCAACACAGUUGGUGGCAUCUCUGUGGCCCAUGGUCGCCAUGGGGCGUCUACUCCACUCCGGUCCACUCCGAAGCGAUGAGCUCGCUUGGACAUGGGUGGCUCAGUUCCAUUUUGGACGGUGACUUUUCUCUGGUCGAGCAGCAGCAGCAUCAGCAGCAGCUCAUUAAUUGGCAUAUGGGCAUUUUUAUGCUGUCUCUAAACUUUUGUGCAGAAAUUUUCCAUAGUUUGGUGGAGACGCUGGAACGCGGCUUUAAUGAAGCCAUACUGAAGUGUAGUCAUGGCAGUCAAGCAGUAGCUAGCACUGGCUUAGGAUUAUGGCCACUUUUGAAUGGCCCUGGCAUGUCAGCGGCUCAUAAAUUUCUAUGUUGAUAUGAGGACAGACCGUUGGGGACACUCUCUGUCGUCCGACCUGAUGGACGGCACAAAAGCAGAAAGCAGCAAGCGGCAUGAGAAGACUUUCAAAAGAAACAAGAAAAAAAAUACAUACAGGGAGGGGAAAAUAGCACACAAAUAUUGUAUUUAUAAAGCAUAUGAAAAGCGAAGAACAAACAAAACAUUUGUGGAAAAUUGGUUUGUUAAUGCUGCUAUUGAUUUUUUGGUUGAACAAAGAAAAUGGGUUAGAAGGUUGUGCGGUUCGUUUUAAGACGAUUUAUUUUGCUUUAAAGAGGAA